UUCAGUUUCUCUUCCUAACAAGCAAAACCCAAAACAGAUCGAAUCAAUUUUUUUUUUCUUUUUCUUUUUUUUUUUAUAAUAAUUUGGGAGGGGGGUUUUUUAAUUUCACCUAACCUAAUUGAUUAUCUUUUACCCUUUAAUCUCUCAUUGCGUUGCAUCUGAGUUUCCUCCAAUUGAAACAACAACAACAACAACAACAACAAGAGAGAGUUUUUUUUUUUGUUGUUGUUCGGGAAAGAAGGAUUCAAAAAAUGGCGACGAACAUUGGGAUGAUGGAUAGUGCUUACUUUGUUGGAAGGAAUGAGAUUCUGAGUUGGAUCAAUGACAGGCUUCAUCUCAAUCUCUCUCGUAUCGAAGAGGCUGCAUCCGGUGCUGUGCAAUGUCAAAUGUUGGACAUGACCUUCCCAGGAGUUGUGCCAAUGCACAAGGUUAAUUUUGAAGCUAAGAACGAGUACGAGAUGAUACAAAACUACAAGGUCAUGCAAGAAGUCUUCACCAAAUUGAAGAUUACAAAACCAUUGGAAGUCAACAGGCUUGUCAAAGGCCGACCACUAGACAACUUGGAGUUUCUACAAUGGCUGAAGCGUUUUUGCGAUUCCAUAAACGGCGGCAUUAUGAACGAGAAUUAUAAUCCAGUAGAACGAAGAUCAAGAGGUGGCAAAGAGAAAUGCGUAAAGGGAUCUAGUAAGAUCUCAAAGUCGUUGCAAACAAACAAUAUGCAUCAUCCUCCUGUUACUACUUCCAACAAACCAUCUGGUCCCAAGCAAGCAAAAUCACAUGCAGUUGGAGGUGGGAGCAACUCAUCAGCCGAAGUGCAUGCUCUGUCAAAGGAGAUAGCAGAUCUCAAGGUCUCGGUCGAUCUCUUGGAAAAAGAAAGAGACUUUUACUUCUCUAAGCUCCGGGACAUAGAGAUACUCUGUCAGACCCCUGAACUCGAGGAUCUUCCGAUAGUGGUAGCAGUUAAGAAGAUAUUAUAUGCAACCGAUGCAAAUGAAUCUGCACUAGACGAAGCUCAAGAGUGCCUAAACCAGUCUCUAGGGCUUGAGGCUGAUGAAGAAGAAGAAAAAGAAGAGGAAGCAGCAGAAGAAGAAGCAGCAGAGACCCAAACUUAAAGUUGUUGACAAAUAAAAGUAGAGAACAACGAUGGUCCAUUGCCUUGUCUUAGAAGAUAGAUCACUUGAGAGUUGAGAGGGUGUUUGCUCAAUAUUCGAUAUACCCUAACCGGUUUUUUGGUUUUAAAAAAGUGAACCGAACCGAAUUUGCUCCGUCCUAAAUUUGAAAGAUUAUCCGAUGGGUCUAAUUGUAUCACAAUGUUUUUUACAA